UGUCGUUAAUGUUGUGAGCGAGAACUUCGAUCAAUCGUGUGUACGCGUGCAUAAAUUUCGCAGUAAGACUGAAAAUAUGGUGUGUGGCGGAUUUACAUGCUCGAAAAAUGCGCUAGCUGCAUUAAAUGUGCUUUAUAUACUUAUCUCCUUCAUACUGAUUGGUGUAGCAGCCUAUGGGCGUGUGGUUGCCAUAGUUACAAGUCUCACUUUGGUGGGUAGCUUGAUAACAUGCGGAGUCGUGCUGUUCUUCAUAUCGCUGAUUGGUCUCAUCGGAGCAGUCAAACAUCACCAAGUUAUGCUGUUUUUUUACAUGAUCAUUCUGUUUGUGCUGUUUUUGAUCCAGUUUGCCCUAGCCUGUGCUUGUCUUGCUGUGAACACAGAGCAGAAGGAGAACAUUGCAAAGCAAGGCUGGAUGAUGGCCAGUGCCAGUACACGGGAAGAUGUCCAGAGAAAUUUCAACUGUUGUGGUUAUAAAAGUCCACCUGAAAAAGACCUGAAUGUCUCUGACCCUCUAGGUUUCCCGUUUUGCAAGACUAGCGCGUGUUGUAGCGGUCCGGAACAAUCUGAUGCCUUCUGUUGUACAGGGAAGUCGAGUAACUCAUCCAGCCAUGAUUGUCCCUGUGAUUCAUGUUUUGUCAAGCUCCAGAACGAAAUAUAUUCUGCCUUCACAAUGACUGGAGGAGUGGGAUUGUUUUUCAGCUUUACAGAGAUUAUUGGUGUGUGGCUUGCAAUGAGAUACCGCAAUCAGAAGGACCCCAGAGCCAAUCCCAGCGCAUUCCUUUAACAGCAACAAUCAUGAACUAGUUACAUAUGUGUACAUAGUCGUGUAUUCUUCAUAUCUGUACAGGUUAGAGACUUGACCUUGACCUUGGCCUAGUGUUCUGACCUUGAUAUUGAUUAUUGAAUACAACGAUGCAGUGGUCAACUUUUAGUGUCUGUGCAAUUGUGUCAAAAUGGCCAUUAGACCAUGAGAAAAUCUCUAUCAAUUGACUUUGUCUCCAGUGUCAAGCUAAGGUCAAGGUCAACAAAUUGUUCAAGAGGAUAUAACUCUUCCAAUACUGUUAUGUUAAUAGUAAAAUUUCCUGUUCAAAACUUAUCCUGUACAGUGUACUGUAUUGUAUAUCUUCCAAUGUUUAGAAAAGAAAUAUCUGUAGUUGAUGCAUUUGAAUGUGGUAUAAAGGGUGGCUCAAUCAUCUCAGUAGGUUGGGUGCCCUGGGUUUCUGUGCACAAGUUGGACCAGGAUUGAUCAUUAUCAGUAAAGUGUGUCCUGUAUUCUUACUUAUAAUGGCAUAUGUAAGAUCUGAAAAUAUGUAGCAGUAAAUAUGUCUCUAUCAUUGUUUAGAGUAUUUUCUAAAUCUCCACUUUGACCUGAACAAUUAGUAGUGUGUAUUUGUCAAAACCUUGACAAUUUACCAGACAUUAGAAUUGAAUUUGCCAAUCCCUAACCGCCUCUCCAUGAUUGGUGUGAAUGUAUUGAUUCCUUCUCCCUAUUUCUUUGAUGUACAACAUUCCCUCUGUGCAAAGAUGGAUCUGUUAGCAAGCCACUGGGUUUCUUUGUAUAGGCUUCUACAUUCCUGCAUCAUUACAUUAGGCUUGUGUAGGUAGAGUAUGGGGUAGCCAAGUGGUUAAAGCGUUCGCUCAUGGAAGGCUAGGGUUUGAUGCUGUACAUGGGUACAAAGUGUGAAGCCGAUAUCUGUGUCAAUCGUGAUAUUGCUGAAAUAUGGCUUAACCUGACUCGCUCCCGUUCCUAUAGGCAUGGCUGGGUCAGGGAGUCCGAAGCUGAAGGCUGGUUUAGGCAUGUUGUGUUGUAGUUUUACGAUUUUAACACUCAAAACAUACUUACAAUAAGAUUACUGAUUAACAUGUUAUGAAUUAACAAUCAGUCAUUCUGCCCUUAGAACAUGUUUAAUACACAGAAAUCUGAUUUCUUUGGUUUUACAUUACAAAUAUCAGAUUUUGUUGAAGAAAUAAGGUUUGCUCUACCCCCAUGUGAAGUGUAAUAAGGUAUAGUUUGGCCCUUAUCUAUUAUAGUUAAAGCAUAAGGAUGAUUGCGACAGCACUAUGAGGCAGUUCACACUUCCAGGGAGGUGUGGCACCAACUGCCUCAGUUGGAUGGUGUAAGCAGUCUGUUUCUUGCUGUGUCCAAUGUCAGUUAUCCAUACCAAAGCAAGUUUUUUUAUGUGUUUUCUUAUGUGUUUUCUCAUUCUUUCAGUAAUGUACUGAGGAUUACAUGACAUUUUCUUCUGUAAUCAUGGUAAGGGAGCCAAUCUAAGCAGGCUUUAAACAAUUAAUCAUUCUAAUUUUAUUAAAAUUGUUUUUAAUUUUUAUUUCACAAAAUGAUGAUGAUGAUGAUGUUGAUGAUGUGAAAUCAUCCAUAUUUCUGCCAGUAUUUAUCAAUCUGUGUUAUCUUAUAAACAUAUUUGUUUCCCUGUUUGAAACAAGGAUAAGUCAUAUUAUCCUCCAGUCAACAAUAUUGCUGAUCACCUUAAGGGUAAUUCAGCAUGUUCAGAUGGGAAUGUAUAUCAGUUUGUAGUUCUUUGGUUUGCUGUUUGUUUUAUUUUUCGCUUGAUAUGUGACAAUAGUGCUGUUUAUUCAGUUUGAUUUGAAUAUGAUCACUUCAUACUGUGUUUGUAUAUUUAUGUUCUUAUUUCAUUUAUUGAGCUUCAGGCUGUUUGAUAUGGAAACUGUAAGUUAUUUACCAUGAGUAUUACAUACUGUCCAUAAUAACGCUAUUUGAUAUGAUAUAUUGAUAGGUUAUGUAUCGGUAUGAUAGUAGCGACAUGUUUGUGCUUAACAUAUCUGAGCAUCAAUGGUGUAAUGAUGCUUAGUAUUGUUAUAUAUUUUAGCAACAUAUUAAUGUCUGUAUGAUAAUAUCAUCAAUAUUGGAUUCUGGAAAAAUUCAAGGCAUUUUAUAACAUAAUAAUAACAGAAUUAUCUCUAUACAGAAAAGAAAUAACAUAUUUUUAUGUUGGAAAGAACUCAUAUACAUAUUCAUUGAUCUGAAAUCAGGAGGCACAGUUGUCUGUUAAUCCUUAUUGUCUUUAUUUUGUUUGUUAACUAUCUCUUGUGGCAAUACUUUCAGGGAUUUUGUGUUAUUUUGUAGUGUCUCUAUACAUAGCUUUUGUUUAGUUGUGCUUCCAGGAAUUCUGUUUUUUGGUUGUUUUUUUGUAGUGGAGGAUACAGGUUUGCAGUUAUACUCUGAAAGAAAUUUGACACAAGGGGGACAACUCUUGUGCAUUUAGAUUGAAAACAAACCUAUGUUGAGGCAUCCCAUGUCGUCUUGGAUCACGGGUUUCAGGUCUCUUGUUCAGAUUAAUAAGUAGCUGUAAAUGACGGGGACAUAUGUUUCUGAAUUGUGACCUUUCAUGAAUGUAUUCUACUUAGCUCUCCAAACCCUCCAAACAGAUCAGAAAGAAGAGGACUAUAAUUUGAUCAUUUUAUACAUAUGAAGUUCUAGUCAAGACACAUUGUGCUCAUGGCUUAAAUGACAAUCUGAAGAUUGUUUUUGUAGUUUUUGUUAUAUGAAGGUUUAAGUGUUACUUUUUCGCCAUCUUAUUUUUACAAAUGAACUGAAUCUGCUUCUGAUUGUAUACAGCUUUGUUUAGAGUUAUGGUGACGUGGCAGUAGCACCAAGCUGAAUGGCCGACAUGGAGUGAGUGUAAGUGAGUCACCUAGCCAAACUGCUGUGAUAUGACAUGAAAGUACUUCAUUAAGACUUGUGCCCUUUAUAAAAUUUGUUAACUUGAAUCCACGUAUAAGAAAAGAACACUCAAAAUAUGACUGACAUGAACCCUUUGUCGGACACGGUCACUAUAUACAAGCACCAUUGUUGCCCAACCAUGACAUUCUUCUACUUACUUUCUCUUGGUGCAUGUGGAUAUUGCUUAUUAUUUCUUGGUGUGGAGGAUCCUGAAAACAAAAUUACAUGUAAAUUAUCUUCACUCAUACUGAAUCAAGGAGUUGUUUAUGAUUAGCCAUCUUGAGUAUGUUAUGGAAUGCAUGGGUACUUCCAUAUUCCUUCCAGCAUGUGCAGGGUGUGUGUGUAGAAACAGGAAGUAACUGUUCCAGAUGGAACUACAAAAACAAAGACUUCUUUAAAAUAUCAUGGAAUGUCUCAAGAUCAUUUCAAGGCAUCUUCAAAGCAUAAUAGACAUCAGUGAAUUUGUGAGAUGUGCUGUUGCUAUGGUGUUUGCAGAGAUAAGCAGGGGUUGGAUAAGAUUGAAUUCAAGGCACUGUUAACUUUAACGGGGACUUGUCAGUUACAUUAGGUCUGCCGAAUUGACUUUAGUUCUCCAUACACAAAUAUCUUCAAGCAAUAGUCCAGUGGAUACAUCUGAUGGAACGAGGGAGUGCACAGCUUUGUGGAAAGUGGGGUGUACGAGUGCACUUAAAAUAGUAAUAUGCAAAAGUACUAGCACAUUAAUUGGGGGAAAUAAUUAGUUGACUAAUAGUAAUUUUUGUUGAAACAUUACUUAUGUUAAUUAAAUUAUUUAGUUUUGAAUACAUCAACAUCAUAAGUGUUAUUGAAACAGGGGAUACACUUCCCUGCAACCCUCCGUGAACAUCAUUUAUUUCAAUCUUCACUCUGAAACGUACUACUAUUUUAACAGUUUCCAAAUUGACAUCUUUCUCUCUCUCUCUCCCCUCUCUCUCCCCCCCCCCCCCCCCCAAGUGGACAUUGAUCACUCAUUAUUGAGAAGUGACAAGCUUUAAGCUGUAUUUGGCUAGGUUUCCUGUGUCUAAUGAGUCAAUAGUUUAUUCUCACUUCUGAGUUUUCUCGAAAUGUACAUUCCCCUUGGCAUGUUCACUGAAAUUCUAUUUUGUAUUGAGAUAGAUGAUUAUUCAGGUUGAUGUGUAUCGUAGCUGAAUGUACAGGGAUUAGCUCAUGGUGGAAAGUUGGAAGAUUGAAUGGUGCUGAUGAAAACAUGCCUCUGAACCUGCUGCAGAUGGGGUGGAUUUGUGUUUUGUUAUUUCAUGUUUGUCAUGUUAUAAAAUGUAUUCCACAUUCCAGAUAUCGUACAUUUUCACACAAGGCUUCUAUUUGUUCAAUGGGAAAACAAAUUCAAAAUUAAAUAAAGAUAUAUAUUUUAGGAUAUUUAUGUUGCUGUUGAAGUUUCCGUCUUCCAUACUUUGGCAUCACAUUUGCUGGAUUAUUGAAAAUUAUGGUGAAGUAUUUUAUGGCACUUCAACUGCUUUGAUGUUUUGGUUGUGUACAGAGUUACUUACCUUUGACAAUGUAUGCCUUCAUCAUUGGGCCAAUAUUCAGAAUUUUAUCAAAUGAAAUUUUAUAUUUUCCACACUGAUGUUUUUAUAGCAAUUCACAACCUUUCAAGUUAUUAUUCCAUAAUUUCUUUGCACAGUUUUCCUAUUGUAUUUUAGAAAAGCUGAUCAUUGCAUGUCCGGGAUCAUGAACAUGGUUUCCACUGUUGCUUGUGAUAUAUUUUGUAUAGUGCCUCACAUUUAGACUGGAUCCUUUCAGGUGUUGCAUAAUGUUCAUUUAAUCCUUGCAGUUCGCAGUUGAUUUUAUGGGUCACCUAUUUGUGAAUGUCCGUUUUGUAUAAUUCAUUGUUCUUUACUUGGUUCUGAGAUGAAUUCCAUCAUUGGUGACAGAAAAUGGUGAAGUCUUGGAAACUCACCAAUCUCUGACUGAUGAUCUAAAUCAAUUCUUACACCAUCUGUACAGAUUACAAUAUGGUUGCUAUGGUUACUGACAUGUAUAACAGAAAUCCUAUAUAUUCCAUACCCUUAUUUGUCAAAGACAGUGGGACCAAUCACUAGAUAUUGUUCUGUUGUUUGUAUUAGCACCACAUAUGUAAAGAUCAGUUAAUCUGUCAUUGGUGAGUGUACAAGUCACAGUGUAGGUGUUUGCAUUAACAUGAUUCAGGCACUAAGAAGAUGGCAACAUGUAUGAUUACUUCUUCAUAGAGACAAAGAACAUUUUAAAUUUCAUAAAUUGCAACUCUUUCGGCAGAACUGAGAGUCAGACACAACCAUUGAAGAUUCUUGGAUUAUGAAUCAGAUUGUGUUAUAUUUUUAACUCAAUACAAACAUUCACACACAAAAAAUCACCUCGUAUAAUUCAAGCUCAAGUAAUAAUUUUCGAUGACAAGGCUUUGUACGCUGUUAAUGACACUAAAGUAGCAAACACCUUGUCAUUGGUUCCUGUUUGACUUCCCAGUGUUUUGUAUGGGAACUUCAUGUAUGUUUUCAUUACAUGUGUUACAUUUAGAAGACUGUUGUCCUUGGUUUUAUGUGUUGAUGUGUUAUGUUCAAGAUCAUUAUAAAUAUCCAGAGCACCUAGCUUCAAACAUUCAAUGUUAUACAAACAUGUCUACAAUACUUAAGCAUCAAGGUUAAACAUAAGGAGUUAUGGGCUGGGAAUUUUGUAACAAAAUAAACAAAUAGUCUGAGAGGCACCAAACAAUUUUUCUUUUUUCACAAUUUAUUCCAGGCCAUCAAGCCUGUCUAGAGAAGAAUUAAUUUGUGUCUGUAAAACAUGAGGACUAAUUAUUUUUUCCCGUUUGAUUUCUAAACCAAAUUAUUUUUUCAAAAACAAAUCCCAGCCCACACUAUUGGUUAGUCGCUAACUUACUCCAUCAAUAUUGUGACUUACGGUGAACAUUUGGAGGAAUUAGUAAAAAAAUAACAAAAAGGAAUAGUUCUUGUGAAAGAAAACAAGUUUAUGUGUCAUUUGUGACAGCCCUUCAUGCUUCAGUAAUGUUUCCAUGUAGCACCGUCCUGUUAACCUUGAUGCUGGAAUACUCCUGCAGGUACACUCAGUGUAAAGACCCAUCUACCUUAGGCAUGCCAUGACAACCAGAGACAGCUGAACCUCAGUUCAUGGUUGGGUAAAUAAUGAACAAUUCUUCAUUUUGAGACUCUAAUUUAUGAAAUCAGUUGAAGUUGCUUGAUUAUUAUUUGUGAGGGAAUAUGCAGAGGCAGCGUCUCUUGUAAUGUAAUUGACAAUAAUUUGUUUCCAAUCUUUUGAUUUUUGGCUACAUUUUCUUUACAUGUAAUUUAUUUCACAGUCAUACAUGCCUUCCUUCUUCCUAACCAAAUGGGACCAAGUUUUCAUUUACUCUUUGAAUUACAAAAGAGCACAAAGUAAAAUUGUUCAGUUUGAUAGAUGAUAUAAGAAACUAUCGCAUUUUUUCUUUAAACAGGUUGAUUAUGAAAGAGGUAAAGCAUGUUUUGAGGUAAUAUACAGGUAGACCUUGCCAAUUUGAUAAAGCAUUAAUCUCGAUACAGCAAUUACUCCCUACACACAUACCUCAGUGUUAAGCAAAACAUCUCCAUGUAGUUCUUGUCCACAGUAAAGACUGAUCAGUUAUGUUGAACAUGUAUACUGUUGUGUAAUGACAACAGGUCGCAUGGAUGGUCCAUUUGUCUAAGCUCUGCAAUUCGCCAUGCAGAGUCGUGUCACUUUCGCGUACCAGAAAUGAAUGAUUUUGGGUUCAAUUCCCAGAUUGACCCUUAUGUUUCUAAGUUUGUCAACACCAUACCGGUGUUUGUGGGUUUUCCAAAGUGAUAAACGUCUCAGACCUGUUUUCCUCGCACAUCACACUGGCAUCUUCGGAUAUCACUGAAAUACUGUUCCAAGCAACAUUGGAACACUUUUAGGAAUAGAUGAUGGCAAAAGAUUCAGGGAUUACCUUAGCAUCACAGACAGGGACAUGAUAAGUUCUUGGGGUGAAUAGCAACUAAAAUAACCUGCAAUAGAUUGUAUUGCUUCAAAAUGUGUUGUGAUUUGUCAGCAAAAAAAAUAAGUUUAGGACCCUAGUAACCAACCCUCCCAAUGAAAACAUACAUUAGUGAUACAUACCAACCCCCUCCCCAAACAACUUGUAACAGAGUACAAGUGAAAGUGUGCACUACGUGCAGAUGGCCAUUGCUUGAGACUGAGCAUGUUCAAACUCACCUGUAUUGAUCUUGUAUGUGAGAUGGUAUGUGACAUGCUGAAAAACAACUUUAUCUCCUGUAGAUUUCCUUAUUACUUCCAUAUUGAUCUUGUCUCACUCAGUAUUGAAGCCAAGAGCUAGAAUGUGCAAUAAAUUUGUUUCUUGAUCA